CAGCAAGUGGACUAUCACGUUCAUCACUGUCUUAACAACAAACUCAUCUGACGUCACGUUUGAAGACCCCCGUAUAAAUCGCGUUUCCUGUAUAUUCGGGUUUAGUUUCAUGUAUGCAUAUAAACGAGCCAAAGGUAAAACAGAGAUCUGCAUUCACAUUGUGCAGCCGCAACAGCUGUCAAGUGCUCGUGACAAAUUUCGUUCCAAAGUUGUGAUUGAUAAAAGUUUUUGCGAAGAAAACACUGCCUUUAAACUUUUUGUGACUCUUGCUCCCAGUGAAGUCGGUUUUUGUGUUUUACAAAUCCAGCACAAAUUUUCAGCCAAAGUUAUUUAUCAUCGUGUGACUGCGCAUGCGCUUCCGACUCCCGCCAACAUGGAAAUCAAACAAGUUCCGUUUAAUUUUCAUUCCGGUAGUGUGUGCGAAGAGGUUAGGUUAUUUAACGUGUCGUGCUGUCAUGCCGUCUGAAAAGUUCGAAAGAGUUUUGGUGUUAAAACAUAUCAACAAAAUGGAAACUGAUAUCCCACAAAAUAAUUCCAGAGCAGAACUUGUUCAUUCGAAUGAAGAAAGUACUGAAACUUCUCCGAGUGAAAGGACUAUUAGAGAUGUUAAAAUACGUGAAUGGAUUAUGGUUUUUAUAUUAUGUUUCGUUAAUCUUAUUAACUACAUGGAUAGGUUUACCUUAGCAGGUAUUCUACAAGAUAUUCAGACAUACUUCGACGUACACAAUGGAAAAGGAGGCCUAUUACAGACGGCAUUCGUCUUAAGUUACAUGAUUUUCGCUCCUAUUUUUGGUUACUUGGGAGAUAGGUACAGUAGAAAAAAUAUAAUGGCAUUUGGUGUCUUCCUGUGGAGUAUCACCACUUUAAUUGGUUCCUUCAUGACGAAUUAUUGGCUCUUCCUGUUGUUUAGGGCCUUGGUGGGUAUUGGUGAAGCGAGUUACUCUACCAUAGCCCCAACUAUUAUCAGCGAUCUCUUUGUUGGCGACGUAAGAUCAAAAAUGUUGGCACUUUUCUAUUUUGCGAUACCCGUUGGAAGUGGUAUGGGAUACAUAGUAGGUUCUGAAACGGCCAAAGCUGCAGGUAAAUGGCAGUGGGGUUUACGAGUAACGCCAGCUCUCGGCGUAAUAGCAGUAAUCCUCAUUUUUUUCAUCCUUCGGGAUCCUGAACGGGGGCAAAGCGAAGGAAGUAGUCACAUUCAAACCACUCCCUGGACAGAAGAUUUAAAAGAUCUAGCCAAAAAUAAAAGCUUUAUCUUCUCUACAGCUGCUUUCACAUGCGUUACCUUCGUGGCGGGUGCGUUGGCAUGGUGGGGUCCUAACUUUAUCGAGAAAGGGCUCAAGUUACAAAUGGGCGAGAACAACGUUGAUAGUGACAGCUCGACGUUUAUAUUCGGGGCGAUAACGAUCCUGGCGGGCUUGGUCGGUUUAACUCUGGGCUGCUAUUUAAGUCAAAAAUUGAAACCUAAAUAUCCCAGAGUUGAUCCAAUUAUUUGCGCAGUGGGUCUACUUAUAUCAGCACCGUUACUACUAGGGACCACCUUCGCCGCCACCUAUAACAUCGCCCUGUGUUACGUACUUUUGUUCCUUGGACAGGUUGCGUUGAAUCUCAAUUGGUCGAUAGUCAGUGAUAUUUUGCUGUAUGUUGUAUUACCUACAAGAAGGUCUACCGCUGAGGGCUUGCAGUUACUAGUUUCACACGCCUUGGGAGAUGCAGGAAGUCCCUACUUAAUUGGUGUUAUGUCCGAAGCUAUCCUCAACUUGCUCAAUAAAUCGUCAAAGAACGAAUGGAACGAUUUUAAAUCCCUUCAGUAUGCUCUGUUCACAACUUGUUUUGUUGAAAUUCUAGGAGCAUUAUUUUUCUUAGUUAAUGCUUUAUACAUAUUACAUGAUAAACAAAAAGUCGAGAAGGCUAUUCAAGAGGUUAUGGAUAGUGGCAGUUCUGCUCGAGGGCAACUGGUAUCCAUUGAAACAGCUCAUAGUCAAAUUCCCAACAACUCUUAGCAGAUAGCUUAGAAACCGAAAAUCCUCCCUGAUUGGUGUAUUAAAUAUUAGUUCGAGGUAAAUCACCGAGGAUAUUGAAAAAAUUAUCCUAUGUAGUUUAUGCCUAUUUAGUCAGAGCGUGCGAAAUUCGUCGAAUAACGUGAUCGCGUUAUUUAUGUACUUUUAAAUUGUGAAUGUGCGUAAUGUGUGAUUCUAGAACUUUUGUGUGUAAAUAAAUAGCUAGAGUGAAAUUAUUUAUAAGACUAAUUAUUCAAAUUUAUUGAUAAAAACUUUCCAAUCAUUUGUACUAUUUGAAAGAACUUUGGGCUUCCCUUAUAAUUUUUGAAGUAAGGCAAAAAGACUGAUUUAAUGUUUUCCGUCAUUUCCAAAUAAUGUGGUAAACUAAUUAUUUAUGUGUGAUCACCCUAUUUGUACAAUCGUAUAAGUCGGACAAAAAACGUUUCUUAAAAAUCAGUAACAAAUGAUCAUUUAUCUCACAUUUUAUUUAUUGUAAAAUGUUAUUCUAAAAAUUGAAAAUAAAUAAAUUCCAUAUA